CAGUUCGUCUCGUUGUGUGUUUCGCCAUGUGUAUGAGAGACACCAGAAGAAGUGUCAGUUGGUGAUCGUCGUCGUGUUGUUGCCGUUUGUUUUUUGAAUCCGGAGUAGCCGUUGGUUUUUAAAUCCGACUGCGCGAGACACGGUUUUCAGAAAAAGGGGCAGUUGUCAACAUACAGAAUCAACUUAUUUUGCUUUUCUUUUUUUAAAAACAGUUUCUUUAAAGUACAAGGAAAGGGAAAAUACUUAGUUUGUUCCUUCUUAAAAGUAUUUAUAAGUUGAACUUGUCCGUCAGGUUUGCCCCGUCGCCAUGGAGAGGAACGACUGUCACUCAGCAACGCGCACGCACCCGUUCUUUCACGAGCUGAAGCUGACCCGCGCGCAGAGGAUCAGGGGCAUCAUCCAGGGCAGCAUCCUCUUCCCUCUUCGCAUCACCCUGACGGCUCUCAUCUUCCUCAUCAUGUGGCCUCUUGCCCGGCUACGAUCUGCGGGCCUGUCCGAGGAGGAACGCUCUCGGCCUAUCAAGGGCUGGAGGCACUGGCUCCUCCACUCCAUCAUCUUGUUGCUAAGCCGAGGGGCCUUCUUCUGCAUGGGCUUUCUGUGGGUGAAGGUCAAAGGUCGCAAAGCGGACCUGAAGGAGGCGCCGGUGCUGGUGGUGGCGCCUCACAGUGGCUUCCUGGACAUGGUGGUUCUGCCUAAAACCCAGCUGGCAACAGUGGUGUCGCGGUCGGAGAACAACAGCCUGCCGGUCAUAGGAGCUCUAAUGGAGUUCAACCAGUCUGUGCAGGUGAGCAGAAAGGAUCCGGAGUCGAGGAAAAAGGCAGUCGCACAAGUGACAGAGAGGCUGACCUCCGGCGGUUACUGGCCUCAGAUGCUGAUGUUUCCUGAGGGAACCACAACUAACGGCAGCGUUCUCAUCAAAUUCAAACCCGGUGCCUUCCUCGCAGGAGUCCCGGUCCAACCUGUUCUGUUGCGUUACCCCAACAAGCUGGAUACUGUUCGCUGGACAUACAAAGGAACGAGCUGGUUUGAGACACUGUGGCACACAACUUCUCAGUUCUACACCAACAGCACUGUGGAGUUCAUGCCAGUUUACAACCCGUCCGAGGAGGAGAAGAAUGACCCCAACCUGUACGCGGACAACGUUCAGAAACUCAUGGCCAAGGCCCUCGGAGUCCCAGCGACAGAUUACGUGAUGGAAGGCAGAGUUCCUGUCAAUAAACUGGGUGGUCUCUCUCUCCCACUGGAGUCGCCUGCCAGGGAAACACUCUCACUGCUGCACAGAAACGGUCUGGAAUCGCAUGAAGUGGAAGCAGCGCUGGACAGAAUGAUUGGCAGGUGUCAGUCGGGAGUGCAGGGGUCAAAGGCCAGUGCAGAGGAGCUCGCCUCUAUCCUCGGGCUGACGGACAGACAGACAGCCGUCACUAUCUGUGGCCUCUACUCCAAGGAUGAAACUGUGGACCUGCGGCAGAUCUAUUUGACUGUAGCCGCUCUGUCGGGAGUUGUCAGCUUCAAGUCGCUACUUCACACUGCUUUUACUCUGUUUGACGGGGAGGGCAGAGGCAGCCUGAGUGCAGAGGAGCUGCCCGGCCUCAUGGGGGCGCUGCUGGGGAUUCCUCAGCACCACACUGCUGAGCUUUACACUCAGGCCUCGGAUCAAGGCCAGCUUACUGAAGAAAAUCUGCUGCGAGUGUUGACGACCCACUCGGCCUAUCAGAGAGUGGUGAACGAGUACAUUCAGCCCAAGGGGGCGGGCUCCCAGCUGGCCAAUGGGAAGGCUGUGAACAACAACAGAAGCAUGCACAACAGCAACGAAUCGCUCCACUGCAGCAAAAAGUUUGAAUAAGGAAUUAACAGAAAAUAGGAUUCCUCUUUAUACAAGUUUCUACUCUGCGGCAACGGGACUUAUUGACGCAGAAUAAUCAUUGACAAAAGGAUUGUAUUUUUUAAGGUGUGUGUGUGUGUGUGUGUGUGCGUGUGUGUGUGUGGAUGUAGUUUUUAAAUCUAUAUUGCUGUAACAUUUGACCAAAGUCAACUAUACCAACAUUAGAAAACCAAAGAAUGGUGUGUGUGUGUGUGUGUGUGUGUGUGUGUGUGUGUGUGUGUGUGUGUGUGUGUGUGUGUGUGUGUGUGUGUGUGUGUGUGUGUGUGUGUGUGUGUUCAUGUUUACCCGUGUAUAUGUUUUAAUAACCCAAAAGAAACUUUGUUCACAUGUUUGUUCCAGAUGCUGUAAAGGGACUCUGUUAUUUAUAUAAUUACUCUCGUGUACAUUGAAUGUUUUUUUUAAACGGGACAAUGGUGCGUGCAAAAAGAAACUCUGUAAAUCAAAACGUUUAUUUUACUAAAUGAAUUCUUACGUCUUUGGUGUGAAUAUUGUUUACAAUUAAUUAAACUGUGAAUUAUUUUUAA